AUAGUAUACAGCAGUAUACAGUAUACAGUGUAUGUGAAAACCGUUGAAGUUUGAUCAUAGCAUAGUUUUUCAAUUUGAUAUAAAAAUGCUACAAUAAUAAUGGAAGAAUUUAGUUGUAACAUUGAACAUAUUCUUCAGAAUAGAGACUUUAGCAUAUUACAAAAGUUAGCAUCAUACUGUAGCAAUUUUUAUAAUAAAAUUGCCACUAACUUUAAGGAUGUUACUGCUCAUGAUAUUGAAUAUACAGAGAGGAGAACUAAAAGCAUUAGCAAAAUAUCAGAAUUGCAACAAGAAAUUGAAAACUUGAAAUCUGAAAUAGAUACAACAAAAUUACAACAAAUGAUAGUGGAUAAGAAGAUUUCAAAUGCAAUUACCCAGCAAGAAAAAUUAAAGGCAGAUAUUGAUGAUGCGAAACUAAAAAGAGAUAAUUUAUCUGUUGAAAUGGUUGAUUUACAACAAGAAUCAAUAAAGAGGAAAGAAGAAAAAUUAUUAGCUUGGGAUGCUAUUAAACGUGCUUGUAAAAUAUACAAGGAAUAUUUGGAUAUAAGUAUACAAUUCAUUGAAAAUGAUGGUUAUGAAAGAAUAAAAGUUUCUUUCUUUGUAAAUGAUAAUAGUACAAGAGAUAAAUAUUAUGUAUAUUUAAAUCAUUCGGAUAAUCAAUGGAAAGUGGAGCAAAUUCAACCGAUUCUUAAAAUGGAAGAAUUAAAUGAUUUCAAAGGUAUAAUUGAUUUCUCUAAACAAUCAGAGAUUUCCAAUGUUAUCACAUUUGUUUGUAAACUUAGACAUAUUUUUGUGAAACAUUAUUUAAAUACAGAACAGUGAUAUGACAAUGUUCAAA